AUGUUCAAGCGGCGAAAACCUUCUAAGAUAACCCUCAGUCGCGAGGGCCUGCUCAAUGGCGCUCCACGUCUUCCAGACGACAUGGACGAGUCGCCGGAGACGCCUCAUCGGCUGCCUGCUGGCCCGUUCAGGGCACCCUGCAGCGACGGGGAGGCCGAUCGGCCUGCCGUAUGGACUACGGAGGACGAUUUGUUUGUGAUUAGUUGUUGGGAAACCGUGCUCAAGCAGCUGUGCGAGGGCGCCCCGCUGGGGCCCUAUGAUCCCACCGAUCCGCCGGCGAAGCUGAUCCACAGCACGCUCAACGUCAUUCUCUCCCACUCCACAUGGCCGCACAGCUCUGAAGCGACGCGGAUACAGCUGCUCAAGCUUGUCAAGUCGACUCGGCCGAAACGCGACAUUAAGCGAUUUCGUAUCGACACCAACCUCGCUUCCUUAAUGCGACCUCAGUCGCCCAAGGUCUUUCUCGACCGGGCACCGCUGCAAUCGCCCUUCCAGCCGGACGUGUCUCCGAACCUCGAGGCGCGUUUCCCGUCCCCUACGGCUGACCCUGCGGUCGAUCCUGCGUACGUGUCGCCCACAACCUCGCCGUCUCACAAAACCUGCCCGAACAGCGUCCCCCGCUUCACCCGGCGUCCGCGGCGGCUACGCAACGGCCGGCCGUAUGCCGGAGGAGCCCACCGGCGAACAGAGGGCACCUUGUCCGAUUAG